AGAGAGAGAGAGAGCUGUCGUGGACGCGCCGGCCUGUGUGAUUGUGGUGUCGGUGGCGGUGUUGGUGUGUAUCCGUGAGUGUGUGUGUGUGUGUGUGUGGGAGCAGGAGGGGAGACUCUGCAGUGUCUUGGCAGCUGCAUUAUAGCAUCUCCCACCGUCCGCGGAGCCUCCACGGCCAAUGCCUGCCUCCUCCGCGUCCACCUGACAGCGCAGAAACCGAUAUGAAGUGAAGCCGAGCCGGACUCUCGCUAUCUGUGUGCCCCCCCGGAGACGGUCCGGAGCGCUUCAUUCACGCACCAAAACCUCCCCGUGACGAGAAUCUUUAAUGGAAAAUGGCGAUAGGCGAAAGGUCUUGCAGCAGCGUCUGCUUGGUAUCUCUCCAGAUUAUCUUGAUGCUCAGCGCGUCGUGGCCUGGAGCGGAGGGGCUCACAUUCCCACAGCAGUACACGAUAAUGCACUGGGCCCGGCGUAUCGAGCAGGAGAUUGACAGAGUGUUUCAGCACAUCACUGGAGCUCAGCAGUUGAAAGGGAUAUACAAUGAAGAAAGACGACGGUUUAGUCUGGUGAAGAAUCAGCCUCGGAAGAUUGUGGAGAAGGUGGCCUUGGAUAUAGAGAAGCUCCUGGCUAAGAAACGUAAAGCACUAGAUAGGUUAGCCAGUGAAGCAGAGCGGCUCCAAAGAGAGCAUCUAUGGCAGGACGGAAUCAAGGAGCUGGACAUGGCUUAUUAUGACUCCAAGGCAGAGCUGGAUUAUUACUCCAUGGACGGGGAAGGAGAGGUGGAAAAUCCCUCUCACAUCAAGCUGGAGUUUGUGUAUGAUCCAAACUUCAAAAACAACGUCAACUAUUCCUACACGGCUGUUCAGAUUCCCACAGAUAUUUAUAAAGGAGCUCCGGUCAUUCUGAAUGAGCUGAACUGGACACAAGCGCUGGAGAAAGUGUUCAUGGAGAACAGUCGAGAGGAUCCGUCUCUGCUGUGGCAGGCAUUUGGGAGCGCGACAGGAGUCACUCGCUACUAUCCAGCAACACCUUGGAAAGUCCCUGAUAAAAUCGACCUGUACGAUGUCAGGAGGAGGCCCUGGUACAUUCAAGGCGCCUCGUCCCCCAAAGACAUGGUCAUCCUUGUUGAUGUGAGUGGCAGUGUCAGUGGACUCACCCUGAAACUGAUCAAAGCGUCAGUGAUGGAAAUGCUGGACACUUUGUCUGACGACGACUAUGUCAACGUGGCUCGGUUCAAUGAGAAGGCUGAGGCCGUGGUUCCUUGCUUCAAACAUCUGGUCCAGGCCAACGUACGCAACAAGAAGAUUUUCAAGGAUGCAGUGCAGCAGAUGCAGGCUAAAGGCACCACUGACUACAAAUCGGGCUUUCAUUUUGCCUUCAAUCAGCUGUUAAAUAAGACAAAUGUCCCUCGGGCUAACUGCAAUAAAAUAAUUAUGCUGUUCACUGACGGAGGCGAGGACAGAGCUCAGGAUGUCUUCAUGCAGUACAACUGGCCCAACAAAACAGUUCGAGUGUUUACCUUUUCAGUGGGUCAACAUAACUACGAUGUCACACCUUUACAGUGGAUUGCCUGCACAAAUAAGGGUUACUAUUUUGAGAUCCGUUCCAUCUGUGCUAUAAGGAUUAACACCCAGGAGUACCUCGACGUGCUGGGACGCCCCAUGGUUCUGACAGGCAGCGAUGCCAAGCAGGUUCAGUGGACCAAUGUGUACCAGGAUGCUUUGGGUCUCGGCAUGGUGGUAACUGGGACUCUGCCUGUGUUCAAUCUCACCAUGGAUGGAAACUCACAGAAUCAGUUGAUAUUAGGUGUCAUGGGAGUGGACGUGCAUCUGGAUGAGAUAAAGCGACUCACACCACGGUACAAUCUUGGGGCCAAUGGAUACAUAUUUGCCAUUGAUCCAAAUGGAUAUCUGCUCCUUCAUCCCAAUCUUCAGCCAAAGCUUGUGAACCUUCCUGAACCUGUGACGCUGGACUUUCUGGAUGCAGAGGUGGAGGACAGCAAUAAAGAGGAGAUCCGACGCCAAAUGAUUGAUGGAAGACCAGGUGAAAUGCAGAUUAAAACUCUUAUCAAGUCCAUAGAUGAAUCCUACAUUGACGAGGUGUACAGAGGUUACACAUGGACUCCCAUCAACGGUACAGAUUACAGUCUGGGUCUGGUAUUGCCUCCCUACAAUGAGUACUACAUCCAGGCAGACCUGAGUGAUGUGAUGCUGCAGCUCCAGUAUAUGCAGUCGUUGCUGCCCAGCUCCUUUGAAUCAUCAGGACACGUGUUUCUGGCUCCAAGGGAAUAUUGCAAGCGCUUGCAGCUCUCUGACAACAACACCCAGUUUUUGCAGAACUUCCUCUCCCUCAUGCUGGACAUCUCUCCAGAAUCUGAUGAGUGUGAUCAAGGCCUCAUCCACAACCUGAUUUUGGAUUCUAGGAUUAUUGGGCAGCUCGCUUCUCGUGUUUGGAAAAACAAGGACCUGAAUUCGUACGGCUUCCUGGCUGUAUUUGCAUCCACAGAUGGAGGAAUAACACGAGUAUUUCCCAACAUAGCUGCUGAGUUGUGGGAUGAAGAUCCUGAACCGUUCAACUCUAAUUUCUACAGACGGAGCCUCGACAACAGAGGCUACAUGUUCAGACCUCCAUUCAGAUCCACUCUGGACGACCCUGUGGGAGCAGAAAACAGCACCGUUGGCAUUGUGGUUAGUUCAGCUGUGGAGGUUAAUUUAGGAGGCAAACUGCUCAAACCUGCAGUGGUCGGAGUGAAGCUGGACCUGGAAGCUUGGGUGGACAAGUUUAAAAUCCUGGCCAGCAACGUGUCGGACAGCCGACAGGGUUCACACAAGUGUGGACCAUCCAGAAGCUGUGAGAUGGACUGUGAAGUGAACACAGAUGACCUCCUCUGCUAUCUCAUCGAUGACGGUGGCUUCCUGGUUAUGUCCAAUCAGAGAGAUCACUGGAAGAAGAUCGGUCUUUUCUUCGGCGACGUGGACCCCUACCUGAUGCACGCGCUCUACAACAACUCCAUCUUCUCUCGGCGACAGUCUUUCCACUACCAGUCUGCCUGUGAGCCGGUCAGCAGCAGCCACACCGGAGCAGCACCGAGGGGCAUCUUUGUGCCGUCCAUCGCUGACGUCCUGAGCUUGGCCUGGUGGACGUCCACGGUGGCAUGGUCUGUGAUGCAGCAGCUUCUUCAUGGCCUGGCCUACAACAGCUGGCUCUACCAAGAUGAUGUCCUAGUUGAAGGUUUUGAAACAAAGGAAAGCAGCUGUGUGACCAUCCAAAGCCAGUUUUACUUCACAAACACCACAAACUCCUACAACGUGCUGCAGGACUGUGGAAACUGCUCUCGGCUGUUCCACGCGAAGCGGAUAGAAAACACCAACCUGCUCUUCGUGGUCGCUGAGACGCUGCCCUGCAGCUCCUGUGAGAUAGAGAGACUGACCCAGGUCAGGACUGAGUUUCAGGAGGAAAAUCCAUGUGAAGUACUGAGCAAUGCACGAUAUCGUAAAGGCCCGACUUCCUGCUUUGACUACAGUGCCUUAGAAAACACGUCAGAGUGUGGACGGGGUCAUUCUCUGCAGUCCUCUAUAGGAGUACUUCUCUUCAUUCAGCUGGUUCUGCCUCUCUUUCAUCUCUUACACGUACAAACACUCUGACAUUUUUCAUCUCUUUGGGUUUAGGCUCGGAUCUACCGAAGGUCAGAUCAAACAGCAAGUGCAAAAUUUUUUGAUCUGCAAACAGCUCACAGUGCAUUGUGCUCGGAAAGAAAACCCUGGAUCAGCUCUUAGCGUUUUUCUUUUUUUCUUUUGCCUUAUUGCUUAUGCAUUUGUGGUGUUUCAGGGCUUGAGUGCAAAAUGUAGGAAGGGAAUGUGUUGAGUGUGCAUGCUACUUAAACUAGGACAAGCAUGUUUGACUUUUUUUUUUCUGCACAUUGGCUCAGCAACAUCAUCAGUCAAGUCAGGGAGGCAGCCGAAAUGUACUUUUAAAUGGGCCAAUGAACAAUCACCCAGCUGGAACGGACGUCAGUCACAAUCUGACUGCGGUGGUGAAAUUCUAAAAGACCUAAAAACCUGUUUGGGUUUGUUUGCUUUAAAUGCACAGCAGUGGAUGAAAUGUUUAGAGCUUUUACAAGUAAAGUUGCAAAACGUCCUUGUAGAAAUGUAGUGAAAGUCUUGCAUUUGAAAUGUUACCAAGGUAAAAGUGGAUGAGAAAAUACACGGAAAAUAUCCAAACACAAAUAUUAACUUGACAGCAUAACUAAAUUAUUAUUAACAGCAUUGUAAUGUAGUUUACAUGUAGAGUCUCACCCUGACCCUGUAAGACUGUGCAUACCUGUAGAAUGGUCUAACUGCACCUCAUUAUCACUCACCUGUAGAGGAAUAAAUAUUCUGGCAUUUUCCACAGUUUACCUUGUAAAAUCUGAAAAUGAGGAAUAACUGGAUUGAUGACUUGAAGUACUAAAGGUUGCCCUGUGGAGUUUUCUGCUGCAGUUUCUGGUGACAAUCAGUGUUUUGCAACAAAAACGUGUUGAUUUCAUUCCUUUCCUCAUAAAACAUAUGCAGCGCAGAUCUUUUUAGAGUAUAAACCUGUAUUCUUUACAUCCAUUAUAGCCAUCUUCUCCCAUACCACCUGGGUAUGGUGUGCCUGUAUGUAAAAACUAAUAAAAACAUGGCUCUAUAGUGCUUCUAGUGGUCCAAAAUUCCACAGGGUAACUUUAACGCUACGUCCACAGUGAUGCACUCUCAUUUUGAAUUAGUGGCUCAGAAUGAAACCAACACCAGAAACAGAGGGUUUUUUUUUUUUUUUUUUAAAUGCAAAAAAAAAAUACUAUGGAGUAAGAGCAGUAAUGGCAGAAAGUAAAAGUGGAGAUUUCCUUUAACUGUAUAACAGCUGCUAACCUCAGUUGUUAUCCAUGUUUAUCUAACCUCUGGCAGUCAAGGCUGAUGAUUUUGUUCUCUUCCAGAAAACCUUCACAUGAUAGCAGCUUAAUAAACGAGAGAACAACUGAUUAGACCCAAUCACGAAGUGAAAGUGAGUGUUUCUAUCAUCGUAUCCAACAGGCUUUUUUUCUGUCCAUCCAGAGUUUUCAAACUAAAACUAGUGUUUCCAGAGGUUUGCAUAAUAGGGAUCUUAAAAUACAGGAGUAGUGUGGAUAGUUGGCAUAAACUUACCAGAAGUUCUGCGUUUUAAAAUGAACACACAUUGUUGUGGAUGUAGAGGCUUUAAAUUUAUGCAGUCAGGUAAAAUAGACACACGAGUUACUUCUCAUCAUUCCAUUCGCUGGCUUUAAUUCAGACGAGCUCAGUGACUGGACGAAGAGCAUCAAGUUUGUAAAGACGGUAGUGAGAUUUUUUAGAUCUUUCAUCAUUACCUUGCUACAAAACUUUGAAUAUUCAGUAAUUUAUGUGGAUUUUUAGCUGUAGAUGUAACACCAUCGAUGUGUUCUGGAUGCCAAACCUGAGUAAUUAACUGCGGUCCAAGAUUUCCACACAGAGGACCAUUUUAAAUCAUGCACAGCCUUGAAAAUGUAAAUAAAAAUAGACUGAAUAUGCUGCUGGAUGAGCGUCAGACUCCCGCCUGCCGUUUGCUUAGAUGCUGCUUGUGGCAACUUUGCUUUUGUUGGCUUAAAAUAAAUCUGCUGGGCCUGUUUUCAUUUGCAUGUCGAGUCCUAGCGGAGUGUCUUUGCACACACAGUACUGGAGCUCCUGUUUUUACACGGUGGUAGAUCCGGGCCUUAACCUCACAUUCACUUCAGUGUCUUCAAUCCACCUCUGACUUGCCAAGACAGUUUUAGUACUAUAAAUUAUAUCAUACAUGACAGGAUCCUGAACGAUUCCCUCUGUUCUCUCACGCUCUGUCUCUUACUUCUUUAAACCCAACCAGAUUUUAAACAAAACUUUGAUGAAAAGUUCACUUUUUUUGCCCUAAAAGUAUUUUUUCAGAGCACUUGUGAGACUAGGGAUGAGAAACGCCAAUAUGAUAAAAAAGCACCAGUGACUUUUCAAGACACAUAUCAGUGAAGAAACAUCCGUGUCGUUUCAUUCAUGGGUUAAAGUCGAGGUUUGCUUUGUUGAAAUGCUUCCACAGAUGCUUGGUUUGACCUUGAAGUGCUUCCAGUUGAGUGAGAUGUUGUCCAAGGAUGUAAAAUCUAACAACAGACGACCAAAAUCAUCCAACAUUAAUACGUAGAUUUUGUAAAGUGGUAGUGCAUCCUUGGUGGGCUACAAUAUGUAGUAACACUGCACAGUGUUUAGUGCAAUAAUGCUAUGACCAUUGGAUACUUUAUUCUAGCCGUAAUAUUCGAUUUACGAUAACAAGAGAAGUAAUUUACAAGCAGUGUUAUCAAUGUCUAACAGCACACAACAUGCAGAAGUUACUGUGUGGCCAAUAUGUUUUUAAACAUCUGUUGUUUGGGAAGCUCUUUGUUCUUUUUUUGUAUCUUGUAUUGCCACUAUUUGUUAAAUCUGAAUUUAUGCACUUAUGUAUGCUUCUGUAUGGGGAAUGUAGCUUCUGAACAGCUUUCGGUGUUAUCAAUAUGUUAUCGAAUUGUGAUGCUUUUUGAUCCUCUGUCCGGUUUCCCCUGACGUCUCACUGAACGUGAUGAUUCACUGUGGCAGAACAUUUAUGUUUUAUCAUGUAUACGACACCAUGGAGAGAAAUCUGAUGCAACAGUAGCAAGAAAUGACGCAUUUAAACAUCCGAUUAGUUUGUAUAACUGAUUUGAUUCAGUUAAAAACUAAUUUUCUUCUAAAUGGUUUACUUUCAAGAAAGAUACCGGUUUAAUGUUAACCCUAUAAUGCAGAUUAAUGAUAUUUAAAUGGGCUGCAACAAUUUUAUUUUAGUUUUAGAUGUUGAUUAACCCAACAGUUUGUAUUUUCAAUUAUUUAAUUUGUCGUUUUGUCUUUAAAUUCUCAACCAAAAAAAAGAGCAAAAAAACACUAAAACGACAACAAGCAACCCAUCUCAGUUUCUCUGAGGGCUGACAUCUGUCUAACAUCUGAAAAUAAUAAUUAAUUUGACAUUAAACAAAGACAUCUUCACACUGGAAAAAUGUGGGCAUUUCUGCAUUAAUUAAUCAUUCAGAUUCUUAAUUGACUGAUUGUCAGAAGACUUACUAUCAGUUGCUUAAUUUGUAACCAGUGGUUUCUGCUCUACAUAUAGUAUGUUUUAUGUGUAAAUGUAAAAUGUUACAUUUUGUUUUAUGGUAUUUUUUUUAGUAGUAUUUAAUUGCAAAGGUGAGCAGGAUUUUAAACUGUUUUCACCAAAAUCAAACAAAACAUUAAAUGUGUUUAUUGUAUUAUACGUUGUGCCCCCAUAGACACUUUAUAGAUGUAUCAGAUACUGUGUUUAAAAUAAUGGUUUGUGUUUGACGUAAUGUUUGCCACCAGAAAAAUUCAUUUACAUAGUUAAAGCUUGCUUCAAAUCUCUUUUCCCUCCAUAUCAUGCUGCACAGUGAAGCUCAAACAUCCUACAGCAGCAACAAAAAGAGUAACAUAUUUCAAAGUGAUAGUGUAGAGGUCAGUGUAUACAUGAUAAAAUCCAGAAAACCAUUUCCCACAGUGAUUCAUCCACUCGUGUGUUUUUGUGUUCUCCGUUGAUCCGGUCGCAGAGUUAACGGGAUAUUUUUAAAACGCUUUUUUGACAAAAUAUUUGUAAACCGCUGUUUUUCUCCAUCUGCCUGGUGUUCCGCCCUGCAGUGCCUUGUUGCACUCAUCUUGUUGGAUGGCAGGAACAUUUGGAUCUUAGAUGUGGACACUGAUCCUGCAGGCCUUCGAAGGGUUGCGACGGUUCAGCUCUGAAAGGACUUCUCGGUCAGAGAAUCUGAAAAAGAUGCUCUUCAUGAACUUAGGAGACAUUUUUAAAUGGAGCACAGUUGUGAAGGAGCAGCUGGCCUUCCCUCCUGCCUUCUCGCGGACACAUGUUUGUCAAAGGAACCCUGCUGCCCUCCUGCUACAUGUCGUUUAUCUCUACACUGUGGUUCAGCCUCGAAUCAAAGCACAGACACUGUCCAUUUUCAUAGAUUUCUACUUCGUCCCAUCUGCUCACUGUAUAUCCUCUAUUUGACGCCCGUCAGAAACAUGUACUUUCAGUUGGGACUGACUGAAAUGAGUGAAUGUUUAUGUACAGUGAACCUACUGUUGUGCAUCUCUGCUGUACCCGAGCAUGGCGGGGACCCAGAGAGGCAGAACUAAAGCUCAACACUGAUCCAAGACCUCAGCACCAACACUGCUUUUGAGAAAAUGGACAGACAACAGGCCUGCAGCACUAACUUCAGGUCGUUUUGCAUUAUCAAAACAGCACAGUCGAGGAAAGAUGUUUUGUGGAACUCUUUAUAGCCAGUACAGUACCAUAUAUUCCUACUGUCGAGGUCAGUGUUGUAGUUUUUGUUUAAAACUUACUGGUAUUUAUUUGCAUGAUAUUUUGAACAAUUUACAGAUUUGUGUACAUAGUCUGAUGGAUAUUUUACAUUCCUGUCCGCAUACGGCUCCCCAGCUCUGUCAGGGGGGGGAAGCGAUUGAGUCCUCUGGGGUCAUUUCCGGUGACGUGGAGGCCGACGACGAGCUCUCUGCUGUGUUUGAAGGAAUGAAGCUGAAAGUUUGACUUCAGUGAAGCCCAAAGUAACUGUCAGUGUUUGCAACUUAGGUCUCUUGCAGCAAGAAAAAGCACAUACGAGUUUAGAGUUAUGAGCAACAUACUGCCUGAUUGAUCUUUAUUCAUUUCUUUAGGAACAAAAAAAAAAGGUCUCCAAGUGAUAUAAAAACACGAUUUAUGCAUUUAAAGGCUGUACAACAAGCAAAUAAGGCAGCGGCAUGUGUGGGGACGCCCCUUUAUUGAUGAACUUUGUUUAUGUAGUAGAUUUAAGUGUUGCUUUUUCCAUUCUGGUUCAUUUGAUAUAUUUAUUGAUUUGGGUAUCGUGAGUAAUCUUUGUAUUAAACAGAAAGGAACUGAAUGUGUUUGAAGCUUGUGUGAGCACAAGAAGCAGUUUACAAGAAAAAUAGCAAAACAGACAGAAAUGACUUCUAUAUCCUGUACGUCUCUGUCCUUUGAUUUACUGAGUAUCCAACGAUAAGAAUGUUCACAUUUUUGCUGUAACUUUUGCUUUACAUUUUGCUGACGUUGUCGUUUACUCGGGACAGUUUCCUCUCUUUGUGCCAGUCUCCAAACGCCACCUCAUUUUUGUACAGACAAUGUGAAGCAGUCAGCGGAAGAUGAAGGCCAACUUUGUAAAGAUUUUGUCAGUCACAUUACAAAAUGGGUAUUUAAAUGUUUAUAUCUUUGGUGAUUAAAUGCUAUUGAUAUUUUUCACUUCA